AUGAUUGCUAAGGGACAUCAUGCUUUAAGAAUAGUUGAAGAACCUGAAAUGCGUAAACUAAUUCAACUAGUUUCAAAUUGUCCUGGGUAUCAACUUCCCUCUAGAAAAACAGUAUCAACUAAUUUAAUGUCUAAUGUCCAUCAAGAACUACAAAGCGAGGCUCGAAUAAAGAUUAAAGCUGCAGUUGCACUAUCUCUGACUACUGAUGGUUGGACGUCUAGUAAUAAUGAAAGCUAUAUAGCUGUAACAGCCCAUUUUAUAGAUGAUGAAACCAAGCUUUGUUCUAUAUUACUCACUUGUGAAGCAUUUAAUGAUAGACAUACAAGCGAGAAUUUAUGUGACUUUUUGAGGAAUGUCAUGAUAGAUUGGGAUAUUUUGCAUAAAGUUACUGCUGUUGUUAGUGAUAAUGCAUCGAACAUCAUAAAUGCUGUUAAACUUGGAAAGUGGCGAUGA